CGGUCUCACCAAAUCUAUCACUUCAAAAAAAUCACAGAAGGCGAAGGAAUUUUCGAGCACAAUUUAAAUCCGGUUCCCCUUGGAAAGUGUUAACAAAAAUUUGCCAGCCAAAAAAUAGCAAAGCGAACGGAAGAGACAGACACACAAGCACACCGAACACUGCACACCCAAAGGCAAGCGGAAGGCCCAAAGGAAAGGCGGAAAAUCGAAGGAUAAGUGGCGAGUGAUUGGAUGAUAAGGCAGGCCCCUUCCUCGGAUCCUGGGUAGAAAAUCGGAGGACACAGCGCCACCAUGUCCACCGCCUUCCUCACGCUCAUCGCCGUCAUCGUGUGCAUCCUGUUCCGCAUCCUGAAUGUCCACAGUCAGCCGCUGAAGCCGAGCGUGUGGUGCCUGGACGCCCAGUUCCUGGACUGCCUCUACAAGAUCGCCCCCGUGCUGAGGGAGCCUUACAUUCCUCCGCGUCUUUGGGGCUUCAGUGGUCAUGUCCAGACGGUUUUGCAUAGCAUAGUGGGCCGAGUGCGUUGUCCUUGGCCCCUCGGACAGCGUGUGUACUUGUCCCUCGAGGACGGCUCCACUCUGACCUACGACCUGUACCAGCCGCUCAACGAGCAGGAGGAUGACAUCACGGUGGCCAUUUGUCCCGGCAUCGCCAACAGCUCGGAAUCGGUGUACAUUCGCACCUUUGUGCACCUGGCCCAGUGCAAUGGAUACCGCUGCGCGGUCCUGAAUCACAUCGGAGCACUGCGCAGUGUCCAGGUGACCUCCACGCGCAUAUUUACCUACGGCCACACGGAGGAUUUCGCGGCCAUGGUGGAGCAUCUGCACCAGAAGUACCAACAGAGUCGCAUAGUGGCGGUUGGUUUCAGUCUGGGCGGCAAUUUGGUCACCAAGUACAUGGGCGAGGACCAGAAGACAAAGCCCAACUGCGUCAUCGGUGGCAUCUCCAUUUGCCAGGGAUACAAUGCCGUCGAGGGCACCAAGUGGCUGCUUAACUGGCAGAACUUCCGACGCUUCUACCUGUACAUCAUGACUGAGAACGUGAAGAGCAUUAUCCUGCGGCACCGACAUAUCCUGCUGUCCGACGAGGUGAAGGCUCGGCAUAAUCUCAACGAGCGCGAGAUCAUCGCCGCUGCCACACUGCCCGAACUGGAUGAGGCCUAUACGAGGCGCGUGUACAACUUCCCCUCAACCCAAGAGCUGUACAAGUGGAGCUCGUCGCUGUUCUACUUCGAUUCGAUCAAGAAGCCCAUGAUCUUCAUCAAUGCCAAGGAUGAUCCCUUGAUUCCAGAGGACUUGCUGCAUCCCAUCAAGGAGUAUGCCACCACCAGGCCAAACACUGCCUAUGUGGAGGUGGCCCACGGCGGUCAUCUGGGCUUUUACGAGGGCGGCUUCCUGUACCCCAACCCAGUGACUUGGCUGGACCGCACGCUGGUGGCCAUGGUGGGUUCGUUGGUCAUGAUGCAAGACGUCGGCAAGGUGGCCUCUUAGGCCUCUAGGCCUAAGGCACACACACAUGACAAAAUUGGUUGUCGCUGACGGAUAUACGAAUCUUUGAAGGAACAUCGGAACAGAGCCCGAAAGACCCCAUACAUAUAGUUCUAACAUAUAAUAUCGAUGUGCAGCAAGUAAAAAUUAUCAGCCGCGCAAGCAGGACAGCAUAAAUUGAUGUAUACUUUUGCAAAGUGCAUUUAAAACAGAAAUUGCAGUUUUUCGACCACGGUUUUUAUGCUUUUAUUAUGACUUUCGAGGAGCCAAACAUACAAUGUAUCAGUUGAACUUGUACCUAAGUUAGUUAACGCGAACAACAGCAUGUUUCCAUGUACUUAUGUCUAAGCAAAUUCCUAUUUAUUAGCAUUUUACUUUGUGAUCUAACAGGAUUUAAUUAUGUGAAAUGUACACCCAGACACCGCACACAAUAUAUACGAUAUUGACAGUAAUUAUAAAUUAUAAGUACCCGGCCGCCGCACAUAUUGAGUAGCAAGAUAAAUGCCUUAAUGUAGACCUCGUUUUGUAAGUGUGUAUAUGAUUUUAAUAGCCACUCAGUUUGUACGACGAUGCAUUUCACGGAAAUCAAAGAGAAACCAAAUGAAAUUUGCCCAACGACGGCUUCAAUUUUGUAUGCAUUUUCUGAUAUUUACCGAGUUGAUAGUCAGAUGGAUGCGCGAUUUGUUUACCGAUCUAGUAGAGUAUGGCGAAAUAUUUAUAAAUGUAUUUCUAAAAGUAUUUAUAAAUGUAUAGUAAACGAAAAACGAAUAAACAACAGUUGAUUAAA